CAUAGCUCUCGGUCAUCGUAUGCUUUGUUUCAAGUCCCUCUUUAGACAAAGACACCAUGACUUCGACACGGGAUAUAUGGAAACCUCUGUCCACUGUUCCGUACUUUCGUAUCAACAUCAGCGAGACCAACAAUGGGCAGACCAUGAAAGACGGGAGAAUAAUCAGGACAAAGCAGAGACACAAAGACCGACUCUGAAACGCAUAAUCCUACCAGACGACGCAGCAGAGACGGUCCAUCUUGCGUUUGGGUGGCACAGAUAUAGAAGGGGUAAAAAAAGAAAGGAAGGGUAAAAAAAGAGGAGAGAAGAAAAAACCAAGAGAGAGAAAGAGAGAGAGAGGGAGGGAGAGUAGAAGAAGCAUGGCUGUGGACACGACAAAGCUGGGUCCUGGACAGGAACGGAAUCUCGCAUUAGUCCCCCGCCAAACUAUCGUCUGCCUGGACCAUUUCAUCACGAUAGCGAAUCACGUAUAUUCGAGUACGACGACGAAUCCAAGCACCGCGUUGAUCGAGGUGCCGAACCCUGCAUCUCGCCCCCACGCCCGACUCGAGAACCCCUCGACCCUCAUGAAACCAACCCAGUCGAAACCGCCCACGCCACCGACACGGAUCCAGCCGGGAAGGGCAGCCAAGAGGGCCAGAGCCUGUGCUGCCCGGGCCGAAGGAGAAAUGGGCUCACGGACAAAGAGGAAGAAGCCGCUCUCGACUUGGGUUUUGCCUGGCUUGUGCGUGGGGGCGGACAGGACAGCGAGUGUCGACGAAGAUUUUGUCUUGCACUUCGCCCAAGAUGGAGCAGCUCGACUGCCACAGCAGAAACAGCCGAAACAGCAGCAGCAGCAGGUCCUUCCAGUACUCCUACCAGAGGCAUCGGCUCUCGCGGGUCAGGUUCACAGGGCCGUCGAACGGGGGAAGCGGCAGCGGCAGCGUCAGCGUCAGUGGCAGCGACAGAAGAGGGCAACAUGCGCAUUCGGGCCUGCACCGUGGAUAUGCGAGGUCUGUCAGGCGGAGGAUGUGGUCAGAAGCAACGACAGGGGCUUCGCGAUGAUGACGGAGGGGCGUCACAGUCACGCCGAUCCGGGUGCUGGUAUUGGGGCGCCUGUGGCCAUGAUGACGCCCGGAUGCUGCGUAGGUGAAGAUGGCUGGGCGAGCAAGGGAUCUCAUUACGUCGACGUGGGAUGGGAGGCCGUGGAGGUUCGCGAGGACCAGGUUGUCAGGCUUGGGCCAUUGCGGUUUGUGGCGGAUAUGUGUGACGGCCAAGCCAAGUUGCUAUUCCUAUCCGGGGACUGGUCCGGGGAUUGGUCCGGGGGCUGACUGUCGUCGAUUGGGGAAGGGCAAAGAGAUGGACGCGGACUUUCGUACGAUGUGAUAUGACAACGGUAGGUACCGGCUCAGGCUACCUUACUUGUGUAUUCGGACUUCGUAAACCAUAUUUUGGCAAUAUGAUUUUAGCAUCCAUAUGAAUAAGACUCUCGUACCUGGAAUAUGAUCAGAUGACCCAGAUGACCUUUAC